AUGGAAACGCUACAGGGUAUACUUGAACGUAUCGUCUAUGAAAACCCUGACACCGGCUAUACAGUCGGAAGACUUUCCGGGCGCGAUCAUGCCGAGCUCAUCACUGUCGUCGGCAAUUUGGCAUCUAUCAACCCCGGUGAGAGCCUUCUCUUACAAGGUGAGUGGGUAGACAACGCCAAAUACGGCAGACAGUUCCAAAUCGAGAAGUAUGAAACCAUCCUCCCCGCAAAUGUAGUUGGAUUAAGAAAAUACCUCGGCUCAGGUCUCAUCAAAGGCAUCGGUCCCAAGAUGGCGGGACUCAUCGUCCGUAAGUUCGGUAUGGAUACGAUGGAUGUCAUUGAAAACGAGCCUGAAAAAUUGGCACGUGUCCCCGGUAUCGGGCGGAAGCGGGUUCAAACCAUCAAGGAAGCGUGGGAGGCACAACGCGAGAUAAAAAACGUCAUGCUCUUCCUGCAAUCGCACGAUGUCAGCACGGCACACGCCGCAAAAAUUUACAAAACCUAUGGAAACGACGCAAUCCCGAUCGUCACAGAGGAUCCGUAUCGCCUUGCCGAUGACAUUUACGGUAUCGGCUUUGUAACGGCAGACACGAUCGCACAGAAACUCGGCAUUGAUAAGGAUGCCCCGAAACGGGUACAAGCGGGGAUCAAAUAUGUUCUCAGCCAGAAGGCAGAUGAUGGACACGUCUUCCAACGCCGUGUUGAACUUAUUGAGGCGUGCCAAACCAUGCUUGAGCAAGAAACGGAAGCGAUUGAGCAAGGUAUCUCUGUCCUCGUCGAAGAAGAGGAAAUUAUUAACCCCAGUUUUACAGACGUGGCGAGUUCAGACGAAGAGAUGGGUGUGAGUGAACCACAGGAUGCCUACGAAAUUAGCGGUCAGAAAGAGAUUCCCGAGGCACACCAAGAACCUCUUUCGACUGACAACCGACAACCGAUAACUGAUAACCAUUCCGCCAUCUAUCUCGCACCCUUUUACUACGCCGAACUCGGUGUUGCAAACCAGUUUUUAAGGCUCCUUGCUUCCGAUCAAGGGCAUAGCACCGCUCCGCUGUCGCCUAACAGUACGCCAUUCCUCACCCAAUUGGAGAGCGAGAUGGGUAUCCGUUUCGCGUCACAACAACGCGAGGCGAUCCAUACCGCCAUGACCACACGCGCUAUGAUCCUUACCGGCGGACCCGGCACCGGUAAAACGACAACGGUUGUCGGCAUGAUUCGUCUGUUUGGAGCAGAAGGCAGACGCAUCACUCUGACAGCACCCACCGGACGAGCGGCAAAACGUCUCAGUGAGACAACCGGCAGCGAAGCCAAAACCAUUCAUCGGCUCCUUGAAUUUUCUCCGCAAAACAAUGGAUUUAAGCGAAAUCGGCAGAACCCUUUAGACACAGAUGUCGUCAUUGUUGACGAAACAUCUAUGGUAGACCUCGUCCUGAUGAACCGUUUGAUGCAGGCAAUCCGUCCGAUGACUACUGUCAUCCUCAUUGGGGAUACCGAUCAGCUUCCCUCCGUCGGCGCAGGCAAUGUCCUCAGAGACCUCAUUGAUUCUCAAAGGAUACCCGUCAUCCAAUUAACCGAGAUAUUCCGCCAAGCGCAGGAGAGCAUGAUCGUCACAAAUGCCCAUCGCAUUAAUAAGGGCGAUUUUCCAGAACUCACGGGCGACACAGAUCGGAACUUUUUUUUCAUGGAGGAGGAAGAUCCCGAAGUAAUUACCGAAUUAAUAUGUUCCGUCAUUGCCGAUCGGUUACCACGGCACUACGAUUACCAUCCGAUGGACGAUAUCCAACUCCUAUGCCCCAUGCGGCGCGGGACACUCGGUACUGAAAACCUCAACAAACGCCUCCAGGAGGUGUUGAACCCGGAACAUACUACGCCGGUAUCCCACCAUCCUUUGGAAAAGUCGAGGUUCGGCGUUCAGACUUACAAACGGAUGUCGGAGCCUGCUGGUCAAUUUCAAACCGCAGGUGGGUUCCGCAUCGGUGAUAAAGUGAUGCAAAUCCGCAACAACUACGACUAUGACGUGUUUAACGGCGAUAUCGGAAGAGUCGUCUCGAUUGAACACAUUAACAAAAAGGUGUACAUCCAGUUCCCUGAUAAACAGGUGGCUUACGAUACAGCAGACCUCGGUGAGCUCGUUUUGGCUUACGCCACAACUAUCCAUAAGGCACAAGGCAGCGAGUAUCCCGCCGUUGUUAUCCCCUUACACACGCAACAUUAUCUCAUGUUACAGCGAAAUCUGCUUUACACCGGCAUCACCCGUGCGAAGGAGCGCGUCGUGAUAGUCGGGACCAAACGCGCACUCGGCAUCUGUAUCCGCAACAAUCAAGUCAUGGAACGCAACAGCUACCUCGCCGAACGCCUUCAGUAG